AUGGCUGCAUGCAUAUCAUCAUUAGGUUGUGAUCAAUAUUAUUCUUCCAAGAAUAAGUUCGAUAAUGAAGUAGUCAAGUUGCCACACAAGAGGUACUUCGAUUUUUCUUAUGAAAUUAAUGAUCAACUUGAUAAUAUUCAUAACAACAACAACAAGAGACUCAAAUAUAUUUAUGAUGAUCAUCAAUAUUCAUUCAAGAAACUAGAUGAUCUUUUCAAGAUCAACACGAGGAUCGAAUUUAGUAAUAACAUAUUACCAUGCCUAAAGAUGGUGGCGGCAUCUUUAUACUUGCCCAAAGAAAAUCCAACGAAACCACUAGGUGAAGAUGCACACUUCAUCCAUGAAUUAAACCAAACAAUUGGUGUCGCUGAUGGUGUAGGUGGCUGGGCAAAAGAGGGAAUUGACGCUGGAAUAUACGCGAGAGAGCUUAUGAACAAUUCACUUAUUGCUACUGAUAUUGAACCGUCGGGUCACGUAAACCCUAAAAGAGUUCUUCAAGAAGCUUACAAAAAUACAAAUUUUGAAGGAUCUUCUACAGCUUGUAUUAUAACCCUAAACACGGAGAGAAGUACUAUUUUUGCCGCUAACGUUGGCGAUAGUGGAUUUUUCCUAAUUAGAAAGGGAAAAAAUAUAUACAAAUCGCCGAUGCAACAACGGGGAUUUAAUUGUCCGUACCAAUUAGGGAAUUGCAAGGAUAACCCAAGCGUUGAUCAGGAGAUGGAAAUAAAGGUCGAGAAAGAUGACAUUUUGAUUGUUGGAACGGACGGUAUGCUUGCAAUGUGA